AUGGCAUCGGAAAGCAAUUGUUGGGUUUAUAUCGCAGGCCAGCACCCCAAUGCUAGGAUUCCUUUCUUGCAUUUUGCUUCAAACCGCUUGAGACUUGAAGCACCAUCUGUCCUCGAUGAACUUCAUGGCAGUGCAGAUCAUCUUUUUACCUCUCUUCUCAGCUCCCGUCGCCAAGAGGCGGCCGAACUUACUGACAAACUGUUACUAGCUCAAAAUCGGAUCAAGGAGCUGGAGUCUGAAAAAGUCGCAUGGGAGCAGGCCAAUGGGAGUCUCAAUUAA